GACAGAGUGUUACUCUUGUACUCUCGUAUCGAUUUUGAAGAUGCGAUUCACCGCGAUUUUGAUUUUGAGCGUCUCCUUUAUGGCGUAUGGCCGCAGUCAAAAUAUAUCACCCGGCAACCAUGUGAAGCACGACAAGCAAGCGGCUCAGCGUUUCCGGGCAAUGGUGGGGAGAAUCAGGAGCGCAACACCGCUCACGGUCAACAGUCCACGGCAAGUGCAAAAAGUGUCAGACAUCCAGGCUGGAGAGUCGCUAGCCACUUCAACAGAAGCGGCAGCGAGGAUUCACAAGUCACCAGAGUGUAAGCAUAGUGGCUUACACAGUGCCACCGUCCCGCAGUUCCGGAAGGCGAGGUUCACUCAGGCUCCCGCGAUUGCUCCUACGUCCGGUCCUGAGAUUAGUGCGCGACGUGUUAAAAGACACAAGUUACCACCUAAGACUAUGGGAGACCUAGAGGACGAAGAAAUUGCUGCCGAACUGGGUUCGAACGUCACUAGACGAAAGCAUAUCGCGGCGCCAGAGUUUGUGUAUGCGGCACCCGGCGCUGAAGAAGUCCUUUCUGCUCCAGCUUCGCCAAGAACCUCCGCGGUUCCGUCUCCUGCAACAGUUGCCCCGUCUGAAGCUGAUUCACAAGGGGGUCUCGUGAUAAAUGUGAUAACAGGCCAAGCCCCCCAACCAGCGACAGUGGAGGCGCAGCCCACAUCAGCGGCGAUGCCAGAAGCCAUGCCUGCGCCUGAGACCCCUCCACCUUCCCCAGAGAUUCCUGAUCGCGCGGCGGAACAGGGUCCUGUCUCGUUUGCUCCAUCGUCCCCAGCUGACCUCACACCUAUUGUGGAGGCCAUCCGGCAACUAGAGGGCAAAGUUUCCCUGGCAGCGCCUGUCGCACCUGCGAUAGCGCAACAAAAGGUGGCCUCUCCAGCCGAGCCUGCGGCGGUGCCAGUGAAUAUAGAAAACAAUAACUGCGGUUGUGGAGGAGACUCCUCGGACUCCACAUGAGGGGACGCUGCAGGGCAAUCGGUAACAAUUCUUUUCCAGGCAGCAACGUCGAAGGUGGUCAACGUAAAGGGGCUCCCAACAUUUGUGUUAUCCACUGCAUUCUCUCAUCAGUCGAAGAAACACUGUUGAUCCUCAUCACUGGGAAAUGUGUGUUGCUGGCGCGUGACCAGGCCGGCUUCCAUUUUGAGCUCAACCUCAUUCACGAGUGUAGCGGCAACUGACUGAAUUACCAAUACGGUGUAUUCAUUAUUUGGACUGCAAUGUUGCUCCUUCACGCAUUACAGUUCUUGCAUGUCGAAGUACUGCGUGGCCUUCGCCCCACAACGACUUAGAUCCGGAAACGAUCAUCGCGAGA